AUGAGCAUUCCAACAUCCGCCCGGCAAUGGACUCUUCGUGAGAAACCCCACGCCGAUCCCGUACUAGAGGGCGCCAACCCCACGUUCACCCAAGGAACUGCAAGCAUUCCCGAACUGCAGGAUGGCCAGGUUCUGCUAAAGACUCUCUAUCUGAGCAACGAUCCGGCACAGCGAACCUGGAUCUCACGAGCUGUUCAACCAGGCCGUUUAUAUGUUCCGCCCGUGGAGACCGGUGAGGUCAUGAGAGCUGGUGGUAUCGGGCAGGUUGUCAAUUCCCGCCACUCUACCUUGAAGCCUGGCGAUCUUGUCACGACAACUAUCGGAUGGACAGAUUAUUCGGUUCAUGAUGGCGACAGCGUCUCCGUGAUUGACCCACCUGCCGGUCUUGCUGUAACUCAUUUCUUAGGUGCCCUGGGGCUGGCUGGCUUUACAGCCUGGUAUGGUUUGUAUGAGGUUGCGAAGGUGACCAGCAAGGAUGCUAUUGUGAUCAGUGGCGCUGCCGGCGCUGUGGGCAAUGUUGCGGUCCAGAUUGCGAAGAAACUGAUUGGCUGUCGAAAGGACUUUAAAAAGGUCAUUGGAAUCGCUGGCACUGACGACAAAUGUCGAGGGGUAGAAGUCCUUGGAGCAGAUGUAUGUUUAAACUACAAAUCUCCAUCCUUCAAGGAAGACCUGACCAAGGCGACGGACGGAUUUGUCGAGGUUUAUUUUGACAAUGUUGGCGGAGAGAUUCUUGAUUUCAUGUUGACUCGGUUGGCCCGGCAUGGCCGCGUUGCAGCCUGUGGUGCAAUUUCCAACUACAACCGGGAUUCGGACCCCACCGCUCUCAAGAACUACUUUGAAGUUGUUUCUAUGCGCCUGCAAAUCCUCGGUUUUAUCGUCAUUGAUGGGCUCCACCUUCUAUCAGGUGCACGAGCGGCCCUUGUAGAAGCAUGGCAAAAUGGUAAAUUACUUCUCGGAGAGCAGGCCGAGACUGUUGUCGACACUAAUUUCUCUGAUAUCCCUCGCACAUGGAGUAUGCUUUACUCCGGAGGAAACACCGGCAAGCUUAUCACAAAGCUUAAGGAUUAG